UCGCCUGCGCGAUGGCUGCACGCGCGCUCACAGGCACCUACGCCUGGGUCGUUGGCGGCGCUGGGGUGAUUGGCACUGGCUUGGCUCGCGGUCUCCUUCGCGCGGGCGCGACGGUCAUCGUCAACUCAAGGCACAAGGCCAGGCUCGAAGCCCUGAGCGAAGACCUUGGCCGCCCGGAGCGGCUGAUUCCUCUGCACGGCUCGAUGUUGGCCGAUGAGGCCGAGCAGACAGUAGCGGCGGCGAUGGAGAUAACCGGUGGCGCCUUAGAUCACGUCGUCACGCACAGCGCCGUCCGUUGGUGGGCGGGCCCCAAGGGCUCGUGCGACGAGACCAACACUCUCGGCUCGCUGCGCGGCAAGCUGCUCUCGCUGACGCACGAGCAGUUCGCGGAGCAGGCGGCUCUGCUGCCGACGAUGCAAUUUGCCGCUUGCCGACUCCUCGUCCCGCGGCUCGAGGCCGUGGAGGGCGCGAGCUACACGUUCGUCACCGGCGGCGCGGGCGGGGACUCCCGCUCUCCGCUCGGGCAGAUUAACGCGCAGGCCGUGUGGGGCCUCGCCGCCGCGCUACGCUCCGAGACGCACGCCUCGCCCCUCAAGGUGCACGAGGUUCGGCUCGGCCUCCGCUUCAACCGCAGCCACCCGGAACGGCUCGCCGAGCCGCGCUCUUCGCCGCUCUCGCAUGAGCUGGGCUGCGUCGUCGCCGGCAUCGCCGCAGCGCCGGCUGCGGAGGCUCCAAAUGGGCUCCACGAAAUCUUCUCGCAGGCGGAGCUCGAGGCUGCCAAGGCGCGCUUUCCGGUCGUGUUCUCCGCCGAGUGCAAUCACCUCUUCGACUGGCACACUGCUGCUCUCGUCUACUCGAUGGAGCUCUCUGGUUUUGGCAAGACGGCAAACCUGUCGAGGCUGCUGGCGUGCGCGGGCAAGGAGCGGGAGGCGUAUUCAGAGGCGAACCUCGCUCUCGCGCCGCACACCUUUGUUCACCGCAAUAUGCGGGACGAUCCGCUCGUCGACGAGAAGGGGUACCCCUCGUACAACAAGCCUUACUCCGUCAUGGCGUGGCUUGCGGAGCGACCGCCGCUGCCUGACGGAGAGGACGAGUUUGUGCUCAUGACGGACGCGGACAUGGUGUUCCGCGCGCCCGUCGAUCACCUCGCCCUCGGCGCGGCGCGAGGCGUCGUCGUCUCCGCCGAGUACACCUACCUCGUCGGCACCGAGAGCGGCUUUGCAAGGCGCUUCCUCGACGAGUCGCUGCUGCCGCGCCUCGCGCAGGACUGCGGCUAG